AUGUGGUGGAUGCUGUUUCCUCGCUGGAUCUGGUUCGUGGUGGGACAGUUUUUGCUCCUGUUUGUGUACAGGCAGUGCGUGAAAGGCAUGACUUUGCAAAGAGUUGUGUAUUCCCACGCAGGAAUUUGUCCCAACGACAUGAAUCCAAAUUUGUGGGUUGAUGCAAUGAGCACCUGCACGCGAGAAUGUGAAUCUGAUCAGGAAUGUGAAACGUUUGAAAAGUGCUGCACCAAUGUUUGUGGUAAUCGAAGCUGUGUGGCAGCCCGCUUCACUGAUGCCACUGGAAAAAAAGGCCCCAUGGGUAUACCUAAAAAAGCAACCUGCGACAAGUUCAUGUGCACUCAGCAAGGCUCAGAGUGUGACAUCUGGGACGGCCAGCCUGUGUGCAAGUGCCAUGACCGCUGUGAGAGGGAGCCCCACUUCACCUGUGCCUCUGACGGCAUGACCUAUUACAACAUGUGCUACAUGGAUGCGGAAGCCUGCUCCAAGGGCAUCUCCCUGUCUGUAGUAACAUGCAGGUUCCACCUCACCUGGCCCAACACUAGCUCACCUCUACAUGCAGGCACUACCGCUUUCCCCACAACCGCCCUGCAGCACACCACCCCGUUAGACGUGCAUGCCCCUGUGAUGGUGGGAAGCCCCUCGCAACAGUCUGUUUUUGUCGGUGAUACAGCCAGCAUCCUUUGUGAAGUUGCUGGCCGGCCAAAGCCUGAGAUAACCUGGGAGAAGCAGCUGGAGGGUCAAGACAACGUGGUCAUGAAACCCAACCACGUACAUGGAAACGUGGUUGUCAUCAAUAUUGGCCAGCUGGUCAUCUACAAUGCCCGACUGCAAGAUGAAGGUAUCUAUACCUGCACUGCCACAAACAAAGGUGGCUCCUUCCAAGUUCAUUUUCCACUCUCUGUGGUCCAGAGAGAGAAAGUCAUGAAAGAGGAGCAGACCAACACCACACGGUUCCCAGCCAAGGAGUGCUCGAAAGUGCCUGACAAUGACAACUGUGGGGAAAAAAAGUUGAGUUGGUUUUAUGACCCUCAGAGGAACAACUGCUACACUUUUACUUAUGGUAACUGCAACAAAAAUCAAAAUCACUUUGACACGUAUGAGACAUGCAUGCUAUCUUGCCAGGAAGAGCUUGCUGCCCCUUGUCACCUUCCGAGCAACCAGGGGCCUUGCAAGGCAUAUGAACCAAGAUGGGCCUACAGUGCUUCCCUGCACCAGUGCCAGCCCUUCAUUUACAGUGGCUGUAAAGGCAACGAGAAUAACUUCAAAACCAAAGAAGCAUGUGAGGAUGCCUGUCCGUUUCCAAGGAACCACCAGUGCAAGCCGUGCAAGCCACGGCACAAGAUGGUGACCAGUUUCUGUAAAAGCGAUUUUGUCAUUCUGGGACGCAUGACGGAGCUGACGGAGGACCAGGACUCUGGUCAUGCUCUGAUCACUGUGGAGGAAAUCCUGAAGGAUGAAAAAAUGGGGCUGAGAUUCUUUGGGAAGGAGCCCUUGGAAGUGACAUUGCAGCACAUGGACUGGGCCUGCCCGUGUCCUAACAUCACCACUGCAGAUGGUCAGAUCAUCAUCAUGGGUGAAGUGAAUAAUGGCAUGGCUGUCCUGCAGCCGGACAGCUUCAUCAGCCUUUCCAGUGUCCGACGUGUCCGUAGGCUCCGUGAGGUCAUCAACAAAAACACCUGUGACAUUUUGAAAGAGUUCAUCCAAUAG